UUAAUAGGGAAACAAUAUAAAUAUAAGGUACAUAGAAAUGCGAGAGACACACCAGCAACUCACAGCAUCAUACUAACAGACAGAAAUCUGUGAUUGGUUGAAACGGUGCGACACACAAUGCGUUACGCCAUCAUCUUCCUCCUUCUUUUUGUUACUCUGGGAAAUGCCCUUCGCUGUAUGGUUCAAACUGAUAUUAAGAGUAAGCCGGAGGAGUGCGGACGGGACGAGGUCAAUUGUUUAACUUACAAAAUGAAAACAAAAGUGAAGAAGUUUUGUGCUUCGAACUUCGACUGCAAACGUUUUUCAGCGAUGGCGCUGCCAGCGGAGAAGGUUACGUGUUGCAACAAGGACAUGUGCAACCAAUGAGAUGAACCCAUGGUGGUGCUGGGAUUUCUGUGUGACUUGAUAGGCAUGAUCCCACCCAACCAGUUGGCCUCCAUUCUUUCUGUCCUCCUAUAGUUACUGUGAUGCUACUUUGACCAUUCAAUAAACAACUCUGAGUGGCGAAA